UGUGUAUCUUCAGUGUUGACUGAGAUAACACGCGUCAGUUUGUGUGUCUCUUCCGUGCGGACGAACGUAUACUAUUACGUAAUUUUUUACAUAAAACCAUAAGUUAUAUUAUUAUACGGUAAUAAUUAUAAAAAAAAAAAAAAAAAUAUUAUAGGAGUCGUGUAUUUUAAUUAUUAUAAAUAUACAAAGUUUUUCAGUUUAUUCUAUCGAGAGAAAAGGACGGUAAAUUUAGGAAAAGACAAUUUUUUGCCGGUUUCGAGUGUCGUGUUGAAGUGAAGUUUCGAACAAUCAUAAUCACUACAAAAUGGUGGCCCCUCGCGACCGUCGCGGAGCGCUCAUUCCUCAGUUCUUCGCGGGACGCUCUGUGCUCAUCACGGGGGCUACUGGCUUCGUCGGCAAGGUGCUGGUAGAGCGACUCUUGUCCACCUGCCCUGAUAUCUCCACCCUGCAUCUACUGCUGAGAGUCAAGAAGGGAGCGACGCCAAGCGAGAGGCUAAAGGAACUUAAAGAGUCCCAGGUGUUCGACGUAGUCCGUCAGCGAAACCCAUCGCAGUUGGACAAGCUGCGGGUUUUGGAGGGCGAUGUGGCAGCACCAGGGUUAGGACUGGCUGCUGAUGCUGCGCUGACACUUCAAGACGUGUCAGUGGUAUUCCACUCGGCGGCAACCCUGAAGUUCGACGAGGAGCUCCGUAAGGCUGUGGAUCAGAACGUGCGCAGUGUCAUGCGCCUGUUGGAGCUGUGCGACAAGCUACCUAACAUGCAGGCCUUCAUCCACGUCUCCACAGCGUACAGCAACGCCGAGCUGUCGUCGGUAGAGGAACGGGUUUACCCACCGCCUGCCCCUUUAGAAGCUGUGCUAGCUCUUACGGAUCAUGUACCAGACCCGACGCUCGCUGGAAUAACACAUCAGUACAUAGCGCCCAAACCUAACACGUACACGUUCACGAAGGCCCUGGCGGAAACCGUGGUGGAGCGACAUGGCAACACCGGCUACCCGAUAUCCAUCUUCCGCCCCACAAUAGUUAUAUCAGCCCAGAAGCACCCGUUCCCCGGCUGGAUCGAGAACUUCAACGGUCCCUCAGGCGUGGUGGUGGCCACGGGCAAAGGCCUACUGCAUGUGUUCCCCACCAAAUGCGGGGUCCACACGGAUUUCCUGCCCGUGGACAUCGCCGUGGACACCCUCAUUGCUGUCGCCUGGGAGACUGCCGUGGACCACUCUAAAGAAGUCCGCGUGUACAACUGCAGCACCGGUGCCAAUCCCACCACAUUUGAGGACUUCGAGAGAAACCUGCGACGAGAAACUACCCGGCACCCGCUGGACGGCGCGCUCUGGUACCCGUCGGGGACGGCCGUGCAGACCAAAUGGGCGCGUACAUUGCUAGAAUUCCUUCUGCAGACUGUGCCUCUACAUCUAGCGGAGUAUACUGCACGAAUGAUUGGACUCAAGACACCAGUAAACCUAAUAACGGCGAACAAGCGUUUAACGGCUAUGACGGAUGCAUUAGAAUUCUUCGCAACGCGCGAGUUCAACUUCGAGUGUGAGCGCGUACGGGCGCUGCACCAUCGGCUGUCGCCGGAAGACAAGAAGAUUUACAAUUUGGAUGUUAUGAGCAUAAACUGGGACGACCACUACGCGGACUUCGUGAAGGGCACACGCAAGUACCUACUUAACGAGAAAGAACAGGACCUUGAGAAGGCUAGGAGACACAUGCACAAGAUGUGGUUUCUUCACAAAGUCUUAAAACUCGUCACCCUCCUUCUCUUCCUUCGCAUCUUGGUGCAGAACCGCUACGCACGCUCCUUCGUGUAUGGAACCCUCAGACUGUUGCUGUCUCUGUUCGGCGCUGUGUACCACCGACUAGUGCACGCGUGAGAGCGGGAUGGAUAUAAGUGUAGGUUAAGUGAAUAAUUUAUUGGUGCCACGUUGUUUAAUUACAAGUUCAAGGUCGCUAUCUAUUUUGUAAGCUUUUUAAGAGGAAGCAUUAGUCGUACAAACAAAUACCAUACAAACGUUCUCGAUAUUUUACUCUCUGGAAUUUGGCCCUAGAUGAAUACUUUACCCUACCCCCCUAGAAGAACUAGGUUACUUUCAAAAGCUCUAAAAACAGUCAAAUAAAUGCACCGUAGACAGACGCCUCACAUACAAAAUCAGCAACAACAAAAAAAAUCUCAUUUCGUUACGAUUGGUUAAGUUUUGGAGGAGGAAAAUGUCAACAACACAAUCUCGAUUUGUGAAUUUUUUACGCACGAUUUUUUGCCUAAGGAGCAGAAGUUGUCCUUAUUUUAGCAGCCGCAUCCGUCAGCGCGACGGAGAUAUUUACCUAAAAUUUGUAAAAUCCUCAAAUCUGAGAACGGCUCAGCUGGUAUUUCCUCUUAAACCGCGAGCUAGAGAGCCUACAGUGAACUAAAAUUGAUAAUUCGUUAUCGAUCUCUCUAUCACACGAAUAUCGAAGAAAGAGGCGGUGAAUAAAAUUUCGAUAGGUAUUCGUUUUUUGCUGUAGGUUUGGUAGCUAGCUAAUUUUAGCUACUCUGCUAUUGACACUAUAAAAAAAUACUUGCAAUGCAAUAUAGGUGUAAGUGUUGAUUGUAUUUAUUUUAUUUUAGUCAGAUAACGUAAGAUACAAUAUACAUAAACAUGGAGACGGUAAAAUGUACAUAAAAAAGCUGCUGCUUUCAGUAGUGAUGUGAAGACGUUGUAGAUGAGAGGGGUAUUGGGGGACUUUCAGUAUAUGAUUCCUGCACCAUCUUCGCACUCAAAAGCUUAGUGUAAGAGUAUUUAUGUUAAGUAUGUAAUGUACCUAUGAUUAUACAUAGGUAUAGAUGAUUUUCUAUGUAUGGCAUUGUCGACAAUUUUAUCUUUUUAUACAGGGUGUAAUUGUUAUGCUUGACCGUACGCUGAGGGGUGGAUAUGUAGGUCAUAUUAAAUAACUUUUACUAUGAGGCCAAAUCUGAAAUCGCAAAAAAAAAUCUGCUGUCUCGUAAAUUUUGGUGAAAUAGAUGUCGUUUUCUGUGGAACAGCUGUUUUUUUUCGUGAUUUUGGGGUUGGUCCCAUAGUAAAUGUUACGUAUUCUAUUCACCUCUCAGCGUCCCAUACGCAAACAGAACAAUUUCACACUGUAUAAGCGUUUCUUCUAUCUAUGUGGUUGCCGCCGUUGCCAGGCACUUGAGAAAGGGGCCCGGUAACCGGUAAUACAUUUAACAUUAACGACAUUCUCCACUGUAUUAUUGUAAGAGUAUCAUAAAUAUAAUAUAUAUAUUUAUUUUAUAUUAUUCAAAAUUCAGAAUUCAAAUUUAAAAUUCAAAAAUUUAUUCUGCAAGUAGGCCUCAAGGGCUCUUUUACAAGUCAAUACAACAUUUAUAGUAACAUCAUAUAGUGACAUGAAAAAUACAUAACAACAUUUAUAAAUACAACAGCCAAUACCUGGGUAAACAUUACAUUAUAAUAAUCUUAAAAUAAAUAAUUACUACAAUACAAUAGAGAUGUAUAGUCUCUAUGGUUAAAAACACAUUAAAUCUGGAGAUGUAAAAGGUCCCCAAUGUCAGGGUACUAAUACUAAUAAAAUUUGGAGGUGUAAAGUCUCUCCAAGUGUCAAAAUAAAAUUUAUACUAAAUAAAUAAACCGCGUCUGGACUGUUAAACUAGCAUUCGUAUGAAUGAUUUGUUAUCGAAGUAUACAAGUGAUUAUUACUUAAUACUCAAAAUGUAAUUUUAUAUAGGUAUAUACGCAGUUACUUUUCUAUCAUAUUAUUUAUUGUAAUUAUAUAGAAUCAAGUAUAUUAAUACCGUUGUAAAAUUGUAUAUGUAUAAGUAUUAUCCAUGUAUACAAAUUGAAAAUGUACUAGGUACUAGUAUUAAAACUAACACUUUCCGUCUGAGGUGGAACUCAAAAAUAUAAGGUUAGGCGAAGUCUGGGUCUGCUAUGGCAGAUUUUUGAUCCGAUAGAAAAUUGAAUUGAAAAUAUCCUAAAUUGGCCUGAGAACACCUCACCUUAAUAGUUUUUUUAGAUUUGUAAAAUACAUUAUAAGUGGGAUUUUGUGAAACUUUCGUUUUGUACAUGUAGCUCAAAUAAAAUUGUACAAAUACUUUAAAUCUAUAUUUAAAAUCAGUAUUUAUGACAUAUUUUAAGAGGGGUUUUUUUGGCAAUUAUUAAAGUACUUUUGGGAUUUGAAAUAUUUUAUAUCUAUAAUUAGUUUGUAUUAAUAUAAAGUAUUAUUUUAUUACUAGUGAAUUGUGAUACUAAAUAUAUAAUUUUGACCGAAUAA